UCGUACAUUGUUUGCGGUCACACUCCGACUCAGGUGUCAAACAAAACAGCUUUGAGAAAGCUCUUUUUAUUAACAAUUUAAGUUUCUACGAUCAAGCUGGAAUUGAUAAUACAUUAAUAUUCAAUAAACUGUGAAAAUGUCGCAGUCUUUUGGCGAGGAAUUAUUAGGAAACUUGAGCUACGAACGCUCCAAAACAUGGUCCAGUUUCUUCAAGAAUUGUUUGGACAAAGAUGAUGGCAAUGAAUUUGAAUUUGAAGAACUGGGUGAAUUGUUUCAAUCUGAAGAUGAGGCCGACAACAAUGACGGCAUUGAAGAGGCUAAAGAGUGCGAAGUUAAAGACGAUUUCAACAAAUCCACUCAAUCAUUAACAAACACAGAACUCACUUUGUUAUUGUGCCACGGGGAUCAGAGCGAGAUUUUAAGCCAGACGUUGCCCAUUAUGGAGGAGCAUGAGCGCAAGUGGAAGCAGGCUGGCUUAGAUCGCAUACUCAAUACCUUCGAUGCGGAUAAGAUUGAGGAGCAUGUAGGCGGCUGGCUGAGACGCCACAAGAGUUCCUUUGCCAACUGUAGCACAGGUGCACCAGCUGCGACACCUGCAAAACGAAUGGGAGAAGUGUAUACCAGCAGCCGCAGCAACGACAGCGAUGGCGAGUCUAUGCACUCUAUGGACACAGCUCGCUAUAUUCGCGAUAGUCGUAAGCGCAAUAUUUCCACCAAAAGCAGCACUUCGCUGACCACUAUCAAAAUGUAUCGCACGCUGCCAUGCAAGCGCGCCGAGCUGCGUGCCAAGUACGCCUGUCAGGCGGAUGAUCUACUCGAGGAGCAGCAGCAUCGCCGUCACAUGCAAGCACUGUCGCAAAGAAGAAUUCACUACUCAACACAUCGGGGGCAUUGCCACAGCUUCACGAGCGUCACUUUCAAUGGACAGCAGCGUCGUAAGAUGUUUCGGAAACGACGCUACACAUCAUUAGUUGCUGCAGCUGCUUCAUCCUCAUCAUCUAGCGACGAAUGUGAGUGCAGGAAACGCUGUUGCAGCUACCGCAUCUACCGCUAUCACAGCGAAUGCCAUUGCCGAGGACAAGACUGUUUACCAGCCCCAUGGAUGCGAGGCAGCGGCACUAUGUGGACAAAGCGAAAAACGUCUUCCCCAGUGCCCAAUAAAAUGUGCAGACUGGAAAACGAAGAAUUGGAAGACGAUUGCCUUUCUAGUCCAACGGAGUUAACCCCUAGAUAUCCUGCAAGUAUUAAAAAACGGGGAGAUGUCUCUGCGUUUUCUAGCCAAGAGCAGGCUCUACAAUUACGUUUGCCUAAGAGCCAAUCUAAGAGAAAAAUAUCUGAAGACUACAAUUCCAUUUCGGAAAAUCCCAUUAAUGUAAGCACAAAAUUUGAGAAGAGUGAGCAGUCCCAAAUACGCUCGCUGCACACUGCAUCUUCUUUGAAUAUCAACCAGUCGGCGAAAGCAACGAUCUUCUCACCAAUAUCUCAGACAGAUAACGAAGAAAUCGAUUCCUCUGAAAAUUUGAUUAAUAUGAAGAAGAAGAGUGAGCAGACCCAAAUACGCUCGCUGCACACCGCAUCUUCUUUGAAUAUCAACCAGUCGGCGAAACCAACAAUCUUCUCACCAAUAUCUCAGACAGAUAACGAAGAAAGCGAUUCCUCUGAAAAGUUGCUUAGUAUGAGCCGGAGACUGCAGAAAAGAAAGCAAUCUACACCUGAGCAAACUAACUUCAAUUCGCCUAAUGUUAACAUGACAACGAGAUCUCGAGCAUCGACAUCGCAGCAAAUCAUGGUGGAUUUGCAAAGUGCCGGCUCUGGGAGUUCCAUUAAUGUCAGGAGUAGAACGAAGGUGAAGCGAAAGCAGUUGCAAAGGAGCUUGCAAGUUAUAGAGUUUGAUGCUACUACAUCUUCUUUACCAAACCAGCUGCAGGUUAUGGGAGCGAUGUCCUCAACAAGAUCUUCAGCAGCUAAACAAGAAAAUGUCAGCUAUGGCAAAAAGAAAUGUAAGCAAAUUUCUAUCCAGGAGGAAAUUAACUCGAAUUCCCUUAAUAGUUCAUUGCAUGCCAAUGCUGACGCCGCAGCAAGAAAUUCAAAGUUUGACAUUCGUGAUCUACAAAGUGACAGCUCUGAGGAUUCCAGUUAUAUGCGUAGAAGAACAAGAGAGAGACAAGACCAGUCGCAACGGAAUUCGGAAAUUAGAGAUUAUAAUGAAGCGAUGUCCACAAAAGGAACUCCAGCUACUAAACAACAAAGUGAUAUCUCUGACAACAUACUUAAUGGGAGCCAAAGAAGGGAAGAGAAAGGAAUGGACGAACUAACUAAUUCGAAUAGUCCUAUCCAUGCCAAUACUGACUUGUUAACAAGACAUCCAACACCUAAAUUCAUAGAACUGCUAAGUGACAGCUCUGAGGAUUCCAUUAAUGUCAGCAUAAGGCGCAGGAAACACUCCAAAUCUCAGCAGCAAGUCCUCGACUUGGUUUCGGAGCCACAAACUGCCUUUGUGGUAACUGAAAAGGGGAUUCUGCUCCACAAACCUGAAGCUGAUAUGAACUCGAGUGAAAACGGAUAUGAUAAGUUUGUACUCACGGCGAAUAUUCUGAGUCCCAUUAUUGGAAGACGCAAGGCAAGCCGGUUUAUGAAGUAUCAUAUUGGCACAUGUAAUUACGACGCUCGUUUGCACAUCUACUAUCGACCAUCUGCCAAGAUAUUAGCCAAGUUAAAAGGCUCUGCCUUGCCCGGAUAUUUAGAUUCCUCUAGUUGCAGUGAAAGCGAAGACGUUUUUGAGAUGUUCGGUCGAUAUGGCAGUAUCAUAGAAUCAAAUUCGUAAAUUUGUAACAUAAUAAAUUAUGAUGUUUUUUUGGAAGCACCUAGUUAUAUGUUAUAAAUUGAUUGUUAUAG